UGGCCAACCCGCGGGUCUUUUAGUUGAGCCGCGGCGCCACGAACGCGAAGAGUCCUCGGCAGCUCUUCGGCGGACGAAGGAACUCAGCGCGCGCCUCCUCGGGAUCCCUCGCUUCCAGGAUCUUGCCGAAGGACUCUCAACGAGGAGGAAGAAGCCUGUUUUGCCGUCCGUCCUCGGAGUCUUCCUAAUCCUCCUCAUCCUUCUUCUUGCUGCCACCACCGUGCGUGGUGAUGGUGGCUGACGUGGAGAACCAGAAGACGCCGCUCGUGACGGCCAUGGAGAUGGGCAAGCCGCAGCUACGGGCUGACUCCGUGAACGAGCUCUUGGAGCGGGACGACGAUGCGGGGCUGCGGCAGCUCGUGCAGAGGUUCUCGGAGGACCAGGUGCGGCGCCCUCAGCCCCUCCCCUCGCAGGCCGCCCACAUUGUAACGUCCCUCCACAUCGCGGCGCAGAAGGGGAAGCUGAAGUGCAUGCGCGUCCUCUUGGACAACUCUCCCUCCGCGGACGUGCUCGACGCGCCCGACCACGACGGCAACACGCCCCUCAUGGCGGGCGUAAAGGAGGCGCAGCACGAGGCUGUGAAGAUGUUGCUGGAGGCCGGCGCUCACGUCAACGCGCGCAACAACAAAGGGCAAAGCGCGCUGCACAUCAUCACUUUCGCCAUCCACAAGAACGCCAAACCCGAGGAGGCGCUGCAGAAGACGGCGAAACUUCUCCUCGACUGGCAUAAUAUUGACUUGGAGGCUCACAACGGGUCCGGCCUCACUGCGCUGGCCACCGCCGCCAGGUAUCUGCCGGAGGGAAGUGGUGCGCCGCGCUCUGGCUUCCUCAUCGAGUUCUGCAGGAAUCUGGUGGCAGCCGGAGCCUCUCUGGAGGAGACCGUUGGAUCUGAAGCCAGCGAGGAGGUCCUGAGGAGGAAGCAAGCUCUGACAGCCGUUCUGAUGGGCAUGGGGCGUGGCGAUGCUCCGCCUCGACCGGCCCUUUCCAGAUUCUUGGAUCUGCUCGUCCUACGCAAGGGCGCGAAGGAAAUAAAGGACUUCAUGCCCAAGAACUCCGCCAACUGCCGCCUGGGCUCCAAGUCACUCCUCUUCCACGCUGUGGACUCCAACGACGAGGAGCUGACGCGGUUGUUCCUCGACCGGGGGGCCGACCCAUGGGCCGCCGAAAUCACCAAGGUGCUGCCCAUCUACCGCGCCGCCGCCAAGGGACACGUGCCCAUCUUCGAGCUACUGCUGGAGCGCAUGAAGACGAACGCGAGCAAAAAGGUGGAUCUGCAGGAGCACACUUUUCACAUUCUAAAGAAACUGAUCGAAAACAGUCGGCGGCAGAAAGGGGCUCCACCAGAAGUCGACCACCUGAAGUGCUUGGAAAGGAUCCUGCAAAAUGACGUCCUCUUGAACCUUAACCAGACCUUCCACGGCCAGACGAUCCUGCACGAGGCCGCUGCCUUCAAUAACCAGGACAUGCUGUGCGAACUGCUGAGCAAGGGCGCCUUCCUCGGGGCGCACCGCAAAGUCAACGAGACGGACCGAGGGAACGUGCUUCCGUCCCUCCUUCCGAGCACACUGGAGCGCGCGAUGGACAAUUGCAUCUCAAACCUCCCAGCCAAUGCAGACGAAGCCGAAGUCGAUGCCGAGCUGGAGAACAUGCUCGGGGACAACUAUACUCUCAAACUUGACUACAGAUUUCUGCUUCCGCCAGGCAGCUCGGAGCAAAAUGUCGAGCAGCAGCGAAUUAGCGAAUUAGGGACCUUAAUGGAUAUCAGCAAGAGCAAGCGACAUCGCAACACCAUCAAACACCCUCUCGUAGAAACCUUCCUGUAUGCCAAAUGGCGCAAAGCAUUGCCAUAUUACAUAGCCAACCUCGUCCUCUAUUUCAUCUUCGUUCUCGUCCUCACCGCCUUCGUCUACAGCCUCAAGGACCUUAGGAUACUGGAGGCCAGAUCCUCGUCGAACUCAACCCUAACGGACGAGAUCGAGUCGCAGCAGACGACCGUGAACUCGCUCAUGGUUAUCCUCAUUCCCUUCACCAUAUAUAUGCUGGUGCGCGAGGUUUUCCAAGUGGCCUUCACCUUCAGCACGUAUUAUAAGAACGUUGAGAAUUACUUUGAGUGGUUCCUAGUAAUAGUUGUGUUCGUGUUGUGUUCUGCUAAUCUCGACGCUGACACGACGCGCCAUCUCGCUGCCUGGGCGAUGAUUGUGGCUUGGUACGAGUUCGUGCUGAUCCUGGGCCGAGCUCCUCUCCUGGCCAAGUACGUGAGGAUGCUUCGACACGUGUCCUAUAACUUCCUCAUGAUGAUCCUCCUCUAUGGGGCCCUGCUGCUCGCCUUCACCAUUUCCUUCAACAUCAUCCUCCAGCCAACCGAGGCUGAUAAGGAAACAGAAUUUACCACCUUCUGGACGACCCUCCCGAAGGCGUUGGUGAUGGCCACAGGGGAGUUCGAGUACUCCGACCUCAGCAAGGAGUUCUCGAAGCAGAUCGUCCUCCUGAUGUCAGCAAGCUUGGUGUUCUUGCUCUUCGUCUUCGUCAUCUUCCUCGUCCUUAUGAAUGUGAUGAACGGUCUCGCGGUCACGGAUACGCAGCAAGUGGUCAGCGACGCGGCCCUCUACUCCCUCCUGGCGCGCCUCGAACUCGUCUUCCUGAUCGAGUCCAUGUUCCUGUGGUGCCCCGGCCUGCAGCGCCUCUCGUCCCGCCUGCGCCUCCUCUCCGGCCCUCACAACACGCCCUUCCUCUACGCCAAGAUCAACAAGAGGCGGAAGGGCGACCGGCUGGAGUCGGGCAGAAGUCGGGAGGAUCUGAGUCGGCUGGAUAGCACGACGUCGGAUAAUCUGAGGAUGCGUCGCCAGCAGUACCUGGAAGAGGAGAAGCAUCGCCGCCGAGGAGACCCUGCUGCUGAGUGCCUCUCCAUCCUUCGGAAAAUAGCCCAGCGCCACCCGGAGGUCCUUCAGGAUGUCGUCGGUACUCCUGAGGCGACGGAGCAGGAGUAGAUCUCGUGCUCCUUCGUUAGGUCUUCAUACGAGAGAGCUGGAGAUGAUAUUCUGUGUUUGCAGGGCUUGUGGUGACGCUUACGGUGAAACGUUAGCAGUGAAAGGGAAAGCAUAUAUAGGUGUGAAUAUAUAUACGUGUAUUUCUCUUGUUUUUUGUCCGGCCAGAGGAAUUAGGAAAACAAAACAAAAAAAGUUUUAAACGGUACUGAACCAGAAGCUUCUGACAGAAUGAACCUUUAUUUAAGCAAGCUUUUUUUUUUAGGAAAAAGGAAUACUUGACUGUCAUUCCAGCUGUCAAGCAAUGGCGUAACUAUAGGGGGAGAGUUCCAGAUACACCCCCCUACCCCCUUCCCUCCGUCUCACCCCAUCCACCAAACUGGAAAAACAAAAUAAAACAAUAAAAUGUACAUCUUCCCCUACCCCUCCCCCUCCCCUUCCCCUAAGGAGAGAUCAUGAUGACAAAGUGAAAGAAAGAAAAACUAUAAACUAUUGUAUUAUUCGCUGUGAGAUAACACAUUCGCAAUCAUACUUUCUUUUUAACGCCACUGCUGUCAGAGAGUGUGUUUGUUACGUGUAAAUAUUUAACACGUAUCUUUAGGUCCCCUUACCCCCCCCCCCCCCCCACCCCCACCCUCCAGAAGCGAUACAAACGGUGCUACAGAUUAAACUCUUCGGUAACAAUAAAUACAGAUUACUGAAAGUGUAAAUAAAAACACAAAAUUAAACUUUGCCAAAAUAGAAGAGAAAAAUACCCAUAGCAGCAGAUUUGUUAUUGUUUUUUUUCUACAAAUAUCAUAAUAUUCAGACAUAAUAAGACUACGGACGUAUUUAUAAACAAAAAAGUAAUUAAGAAUUCGUAAAUUGUUAUCAUUAAUGCCUAAACUAUUGCAUUUUCGAUUAUUAUUAUUUUCAUCAUUAUUAUAUAAGGAAUGUGUGCUACCAGAUGAAAAGGACAGCGAUAGCAGUAAUGAUAAUAAUGAUGAUAAUUUACGGUGAUAAUAACAAUGUUGCCAGGGUAGGAGAACCGCCAUAGAAAUAAAAUACUCGCAAACUGCUAUAAAUCCACGAGUAUUUGCCACUCUGCUAAAUUUAAGUAGAUUAUUUUUUUAAAAGGUUGGGAUAUUCCACAAACUUUUUUCUUUUCUUUUCUUUUUGUACUGUUAACCUAUGUUAAGCGCAUGUAGUUACUUAAACAAGGUAAAAAAUAUGUGAAUACUGUCAGAACACGUAUUGCUGUUAGCAGGUAGCUUGUCUUACACUGUAUAUGAAAACAACAGCAUGAAAUAAGAAAGAAAAGAUAAUGCUAUUAAACUUCUCAUCAUCAAUUAGGCGCUAAUGGUUGUGACCAAGAGAUAAUGAAUAGUGUUAAUAAGCUUAAUGAUGUUAAUAUGCUCAUUAAUAUUGCUAAGCUUUAUUUUGUACUUAACUUAAUCGUGUACAUGACUAGGUAUAUAUAUAUAUAACUUAAUAGACCAUCACUAUGUAACACUUUACCUUCUUGCUGAAGUAUUUUCCAACUAGCAUCCUUGCGUCAAAGCGACUUGGAACGAAAAGUACUUAGUUUUUGAUUAAUGAUGUUUAAAAUAACUUAAACGUCUAGCAGAUUUUUGUUAAAGAGAGAAGGGAAAAGUAUAAUCCUAUGAUUUAUGAAUGUUUUAUUAUUAUUAUUAUCAAUAUGAUAUGAUUUUAUACGCGUGAUUUGUACCUGUAUAUCACGUUAUUAGUAAUCACGUGACCAGGGUUGCUUGAUAUGAUAUACUGAUUAAAUAUUAUAAUUGCUACGUCGAUUCUCAUAUUAAUAAGAGUGUGUAUCACCUCAUUACUACAUGUGAUUUUAUUUUAGAAUAUUGGAGACUUUUCAACGCUACGGCCAUAUUCUGAUUAAUAAUAAAAUAAUGAAAGAG